GCAGCGCGUGAAGGCGGCAGGGCGGUUUAUCCAAUCACAAGCGAGCACAGAGUGACGUCGGAGAUGUAAACAAACAGAGGCAGCGCGGCCAUUACAGUUACAGAAGAGUUUCAGAGUUGACCGUUUGGGCUGCAGCCGUCGAACAAAUCCGGUUGUAAGUGUCGUAGGUCGGACUGCAGGGAUCCAGGCUGUGUUUCUCCGCGCGAGAGGAGUGAAAUGAAAGACCCGAGUUUCAGCAACAUCGCCCCGAAAAUGACGAUCAGCAACGAGGUCAUCCUGAGCAGCCAGUUCGCCUCCGAGGAAGACCCGUUCGCCGAGUACAUGUGGAUGGAGAACGAGGAGGAGUUCAACAGGCAGGUGGAGGAGGAGCUGUGGGAGGAGGAGUUCAUCGAGCGCUGUAUCCAGGAGCUGUUGGAGGAGGAGGAGCAGUGGGAGUGGUUCAUCCCGUCCAGAGACCUCCCCCCUCAGACGGUCGGUCAGCUGCAGGAUCAGAUCAGCCUGCUGGUCCUGGACGCAGACGCAGACUUCGACGUCGUGGUGAACAGCAGUCUGAACCCCAACGCCAAGGAGUUCAUCCCAGGUAUCCAGAAACACGCCAUGUGACCCCGCCGGGCGACACCCCCAGUUCGCACUGUGACAUCAUCAACAAGAUGUCUGCCGUAUUUUCCAGUUGCCACUCGACCUUCAGCCUGACGUGUUGCCAAAGUUCUGCGCUCGCCUCGCAUGUGUUCAAGUUCAGAGUACCGUUACUGCGACCCUCCACCUGUCUGUCUGCCUGUCUCUCUCUCUCUCUCUCUGCCUGUCUCUGUCUCUCUCUCUCUGUCUGUCUGUCUCUGCCUGUCUCUCUCUCUCUGUCUGUCUGUCUCUCUGCCUGCCUGUCUGUGUCUCUCUCUCUCUCUCUCUGUCUCUCUGCCUGUCUCUCUCUCUCUGUCUGUCUGUCUCUGUCUCUCUCUCUGCCUGCCUGUCUCUCUCUCUCUCUCUGCCUGUCUCUCUCUCUCUCUCUGUCUCUCUGCCUGUCUCUCUCUCUCUGUCUGUCUGUCUCUGUCUCUCUCUCUGCCUGCCUGUCUCUCUCUCUCUGUCUGUCUGUCUGUCUGUCUGUCUGUCUCUCUCUGUCUGUCUCUCUCUCUCUCUCUGCCUGCCUGUCUCUCUCUCUGUCUGUCUGUCUCUCUGUCUGUCUGUCUCUCUCUCUGCCUGUCUGUCUCUCCACCUGUCUGUGGUAACGCUCUGAAUGUUAGCUGAGGAGCGUUCACGUUCACCUUCAGAACAAACCGUUUCUGUUACAAAGCUCUGACGUCUCCACAUUCUGAGCUUCUAUUUGCACUUUUAUAAAAAGCUAAAAACAAACGUUGUGUUCAGAUUUUAUUUAGAGUUCAGAGCCGGUCCGAUCCGGAUCAGAGCCGGUCCGAUCCGGUCUCUGGGUCCGUUCUCUCUGCUUUUCUCCGUCUUUUCCCAGCAUCCUUUGUGCUUUUCGGGCCCCGCUGACCCUCAGAGCCGCAUUAACUGAUGCCUGUUUGCCGUUUUUUCUAAAUGCACAUAAAGUACUGUAUAAAAAGUCAUAUAAAGAAAAAAGUUGUAAAAAAAUAAUAUCUAUUUUUCUGAAUCUAUUUGAAAAUAAAUGUUUAUGGAGAAAAAGUC